AUUCGGAUAACAAAAUUCACCCCUUAUAAUUGAAUCUUACCCAUUAGGUGAUUUCCCCGAGAGCCAAAAGCAGCGACGCAAAGGCCGGGGGGGAGUUUCACAGGGCAGGAGCGACUCUUCCCCAUUUAUUUUGCCUUAGCCCAUUAAUCCGGGGGGCACACCGGGGGAUCAGCAGCGCCGACAGACCCGAUCACCCCCCAAAAACCGCCGCCCCCCCACCCCGCCCCGCCCCGCGGUGGGACCUCGCUGGGGACACGCGGAGGGUCCCGCGGGGGCGUGCCUUGGUGGAGGGGGCGGGGUCACGGGGAGGGGGCGUGGUUAUGCUGAUGAGGUGUGUGGGGAAGGGGGCGUGGCCUGGCGGCAGCGCUGCCCGCAGCCGGGGGCGCGGCGAGGCGGAGCCGGGCCCGCCCCGCUCCGGCGGCCGCUCAGUGCCCGGGCAGCGGCGGCGGCGGCCGCAGGAGCGUGAGGAGCCGGUGGCGGCGGCGGUCUUGGUAUCGAUCCUUCUUUCUCCCCUCAGCGCGCCCGCCCCGGCGGCCCUCAGCGGCCCGCGUGCCGCCCAACGGUCACUCCGCGACCGUUAAAACCGCCGCUUCCGGCCGCCCCCCCCCUCACCUCACCUCAGCUCACCUCAGGCGCUGAGGCGGGCGGCGGGCCAUGAACUCGCUGCUCUUCGGGGAGAUGGCCCGCGCCUUCUCCCCCGGCGCCGCCGCCGCCGCCUCCUGCCCCCUGGGGCCCGGCGGUGGAGGCGGCCCCGGCAGCCCGGCGGCGGCGGGUGGGGGCCCGCCGGUAACGGCGGCGCUUCGUAACGACCUGGGCUCCAACAUCCACCUGCUAAAGGGGCUGAACGUGCGGUUCCGCUGCUUCCUGGCCAAGGUCCACGAGCUGGAGCGGCGUAACCGGCUGCUGGAGAAGCAGCUGGCGGCCCAGCAGAGCGAACGCGACCGCCGCCUGCGCUACAAGACCUUCUCCCGCGACCAGGCCGUGCAGACCGACGCCGGGACCCCCCCAUCGCUGCUGCCGCCGCCGGGCCCCGGCCACGGCCUGGCCGCCGCUCCCCUCGCCUCGUCCCCCCCUCACUACAGCCGUUUGCCCGGCACCAUCUGGAGCUACACCCAGGUGCGGCGAACCGGAGGCGGCGGGUUGGAGACGGUGCAAGGGCCCGGCGUCUCCUGGAUCCAUCCGGACGGCGUCGGGGUCCAGAUCGACACCAUCACCCCCGAGAUCCGCGCCCUCUACAACGUGCUGGCCAAAGUCAAGCGGGAGCGGGAUGAGUACAAGAGAAAAUGGGAAGAGGAACUGACGAGAAGAAUGAGUCUGGAAUCUAUGGUAGAAACCUUGCGAGAGGAGGCGCAGGAAGCGGAAGCUCUCCAGGAGGAGUUAAAUGAAAAGAUUGAGAGGCUGAAAGCGGAACUUGUGGUCUUUAAGGGUCUGAUGAGUGAUCCCAUGACAGACCUGGACACAAAGAUUCAAGAAAAGGCCAUGAAGGUGGACAUGGACAUCUGUCGGCGAAUCGAUAUCACAGCCAAGCUGUGUGAUGUAGCGCAGCAGCGCAACUCUGAAGACGUUUCCAAGAUAUUCCAGGUGGCUUCCAAGAAGAAAGAACGCAAGCUCGCAUCUGACGAUGACCUCUCUGAGCAGGAUGGAGACAAUGGCAGGUUCUCUGACGAUGAGGUCAGCUGCUCUUUGAACAUCACGGAUGAAAUGAAGCGUAUGUUUAAUCAGCUUCGCGAGACAUUCGAUUUUGAUGACGACUGUGAUAGUUUAACGUGGGAGGAGAACGAGGAAACGUUGCUUCUUUGGGAAGACUUCACAAACUGCAAUCCUUCAAUUGACCUCCAAGGAGAGGAAGAAAAUCUGGGAAACCUGAUCCACGAAACAGAGUCUUUCUUUAAAACGAGAGACAAGGAAUACCAAGAAACAAUAGGGCAGAUAGAGCUGGAAUUGGCCACGGCCAAGAGUGACAUGAAUCGCCACCUUCAUGAAUAUAUGGAAAUGUGUAGUAUGAAAAGGGGCCUGGAUGUACAAAUGGAAACCUGUCGUAGGCUUAUCAAAGGCUCAGCCGACAGAAAUUCUCCCUCUCCCAGCUCUGUAGCCAGCAGCGACUCAGGAAACACAGAUGAAAUUCAGGAUGAGUUGGACAGAGAGACGGACGUGGAGCCCAUGGUCAGCUGAUACGUAGUUGGAGCACUACAGUGAAAGGGAAGAUAGAAGAAAAGAUUAAAAAACAAUACACUGAUGGGGGGAAAAAACCAAAAGGCUUGUAAGCCCUUGCACAGGGUUUCUAAGGACUCAUUCCUACACGCAUCCCCACCCCACCCAAGGAUUGGUGCUGUAAAUUUCUAUUGUUAUACAAAUCACAAAUGCAGAGUCCUGUAAGAAAACAUGGUGUUUUAAUUGUGCCUUUGCCCCAAGCUGAGCCACUUUGAGCUCCAGUGGAAUAUUAAUAGCAGGUGUUUUUAUAAAAAAAAAAUAUUAUUUAAAAAAAAGUAAUCUGGUAGCAGCAGAGAAUGGUGCUGCAAAGGCUCUGGGUAUUUCAAUAAGCUUCUGGUUUUGUUGAACUGCUGCACUGAUUGGCAAAAAGAACGCUGGCAAAAUGAGAAGCGAACCCAAGGCAAUUAUGGUACAAUUACCAAUGUCUGGCACAAAAAAAGAAUGCCUCCAAAUUGAACUGUAAACACUUAAAAAUAAUAGCGGGUUUAGAGACAGCUUUUAGGAUUAAGCAGUUAUACAAUAUUAAAAGGAACGCCUUCAUUCCAUCCUUUUUGGGUGAAGGAGCCUUUGAGAUGUGUACAAGCUUUCUGCUGGACUCCAGAAUCUGAAGCAGCAAGUCUCAGCUCGGUGGCAAAGCGGGUGGAGGAAGGAGGGUUCCUGGGGUGGGACUAUCACUGAUAAACUACUAUGCAAAAAAAA